UGUUCGCUUAUUUCUCGCCGGCUCUGCGCAUGCGCCGUGCUAGGUCUCCUUCAUUGUGCCCUGUCCCCGUUAUAGACGCGGCUAAAGCUAAGCUAGCUGUCACUCCUCUCCGCAGCAUCACUCCAGGGACUCUCCCGGCUUCACAAACACAUCUCCUGCACCGGUGCGAUGGCCGUCCCUCCUUCAUACUCAGACCUGGGCAAAGCAGCCAAGGACAUAUUCAGCAAGGGCUAUGGCUUUGGUGUCGUGAAGUUGGACCUUAAGACCAAAUCUCAGAGCGGAGUGAUGGAGUUCAACACGUCUGGCUCCAGUAACACGGACACAGGGAAGGCGUCUGGAAGCCUGGAGACCAAGUACAAGAUGAAGGAGUUGGGCCUGAGCUUCAACCAGAAGUGGAACACAGACAACACUCUGGCGACCGAGGUCACGGUGGAAGAUCAGCUGACUCAAGGACUGAAAGUCGCCUUGGACACGUCUUUUGUCCCGAACACAGGUAAGAAGAGCGGGAAGCUGAAGACCGGCUACAAGCGCGAGUACGUCAACCUGGGCUGCGACGUGGACUUCGAGGGUCCCAUCAUCCACGCCAACGCCGUGCUGGGCUACGAGGGCUGGCUGGCCGGCUACCAGAUGGCCUUCGACACGGCCAAGUCCAAACUGGCCCAGAACAACUUCGCCCUGGGAUACCGGGCCGGAGACUUCCAGCUACACACCAACGUUAACGAUGGGACUGAGUUCGGUGGCUCCAUCUACCAGAAGGUGAACGAGGAGCUGGAGACGGCGGUCACUCUGGCCUGGACCGCCGGCAGCAACAACACUCGCUUCGGCAUCGCCGCCAAAUACAAGCUGGACAAAGACGCGUCUCUGUCGGCCAAAGUGAACAACGCCAGCCUGAUCGGAGUCGGCUACACCCAGAGUCUGAGGCCAGGCGUGAAGGUCACCCUCUCUGCUCUGAUCGACGGGAAGAACUUCAACGCCGGCGGACACAAGGUCGGCAUGGGCUUCGAGCUGGAGGCGUAAAGAGGACACGCACCAACAAAGAAGAAAAGCACCCAACCACCUUCAUCACGUAGCUCCUCUUCCUCAUCACCGGACUCUCCCUCACUCCCUCCCUCCUCGCCUCCCCCUCGUGUUCACGCCUCUUCCGAGAAUUUCUGACAGUGAUAGUCGAGUGUGGAGGUCGAUCCUGACGCUGUUUACUAUUUAUUUAUUUUCUCUGGAUAGGUCAUCGGAUGAAGUAGUCGUCAAAGCUUCGUUAAAGCCUCGUUAAAGCCUCGUUAAAGCAUGUAAGAGUGAAACAACGCUAUGCUAAGCUAAAAGAAAAUCGCUUGGUUGAAAGAAAAAAAAAGGUGCAGAGUGUCUGUUUUCUAUUGUUUUUCUAUUUAAUUUGGACUAUUUGAUCCGUGCAGCUUGUUUUAAACGUGUUUUCUCUGAAUCAUGACCGGAGGAUAUUCUCGCUUCCUUCUCACCUCGUCUCGGUAGAUGAAACCAACGUAGAGGAAUCUUCUGGUAGCCGGCGUAGUUAGUUUUAUUUCCUACUGCGUUGUUUUCAUCUAUCUGUGAUCUUCGUCCUCUCCUCCGCAACCUGACAGGACGAGAAGAGGGUGUCGUGUCCCCACGUACAGCGUCAAAACGUGUUGUUGUUGUUUUGCUUUAUUUUUAUUUUCCAGCUCAUUGUGUCGUCAUGGUAAUGAAGCUCAUUUUCAUCUUUGUCUGUUAGACACAGUACCUCAUUUUUUUCCAAUGUAAACGAAGGGAAUUCUAAUAAUAAAAAAUGGAAAAAAAGCAA